UUUCCAAGACACCCUCCUGUCAGUAUGCAGGGGACCAGGGGCUCUUCCUGUUCCCCUUGUAUUAGGAAAGCCCCAAGCCCAUGUUUAUGCAACCAAGGCGGACUUUCCUAGGAUCCACUCCCUUAAUCUCCUCAUUGAAAUUCAGGAAGCUGUGUGCCUGCGUCUGGCUGAAGUGCAAUUUGGCUGAGCUUUUGUUCCACUUAUGAAUAGUUCUUGCUGGAAGUCCAUCACCCAGAGGCCAGCUCUCCCAACAGCCGGACACCAGCAGAGUGGCAUGCCUGUUUCCAGUGCCAUGACACGGGAGGGGCCAUUCAGGGAGGAGUUGGGCUAUGACCGGAUGCCCACACUGGAGAGAGGUCGGCAGGAUACAGGACGGCAGGACGCAGGCAGCUACACACCUGACUCAAAGACGAAGGACCUGCAGUUGUCCAAGAGGUUACCCCCGUGCUUCAGCUACAAGACAUGGGUAUUCUCUGUGUUGAUGGGGAGCUGCCUUCUUGUGACCUCUGGGUUUUCGCUCUACUUGGGGAACGUGUUCCCUUCCGAGAUGGAUUAUUUGCGCUGUGCAGCAGGCUCCUGCAUCCCCUCAGCAAUCGUGAGCUUCGCUGUUGGGAGGAGAAACGUCAGUGCGAUUCCCAACUUUCAGAUAUUGUUUGUUUCCACGUUCGCUGUUACCACGACGUGUCUAAUCUGGUUCGGAUGUAAACUGAUCCUGAAUCCGUCAGCAAUAAACAUUAAUUUCAACCUCAUCCUGCUCCUGCUGUUGGAGCUCCUCAUGGCAGCCACAGUGAUCAUCUCGGCACGGUCCAGUGAGGAGUCCUGCAAGAAGAAGAAGGGUUCCAUCUCGGAUGGCACCAACAUUCUGGAUGAAGUGACGUUUCCUGCUCGGGUCCUAAAAUCCUACUCUGUGGUAGAAGUAAUUGCUGGUGUCUCUGCUGUCCUUGGGGGGGUGAUCGCUCUAAAUGUAGAUGAAGCUGUCUCAGGCCCACAUCUUUCAGUGACAUUCUUUUGGAUUCUAGUGGCUUGUUUUCCAAGUGCCAUUGCCAGCCAUGUGACAGCAGAGUGUCCCAGCAAGUGUCUGGUGGAGGUGCUGAUUGCCAUCAGCAGCCUUACAUCCCCACUGCUUUUCACUGCCUCUGGAUAUCUGUCUUUCAGCGUGAUGAGAAUCGUGGAGAUUUUUAAAGAUUACCCACCAGCCAUCAAAUCCUAUGAUGUGCUGCUCCUGCUCUUGCUGCUGGUGCUAUUGCUUCAGGGGGGGCUCAACACUGGCACAGCCAUCCAAUGUGUGAACUUCAAGGUCAACGCCCGGCUACAGGCUGCAUCCUGGGACAGCCAGACCUGUCCCCAGGAGCGCCCAGCAGGGGAGGUGGCCAGAAGCCCCCUGAAGGAGUUUGACAAAGAGAAAGCCUGGCGAGCUGUGGUAGUGCAAAUGGCCCAGUGACUACAGGAUAAGGAGACCGAGUCUUGGUGUCUGUCUGGCCUCCGGCAUGUUCAGCCAUACAGACUCUAACUAUCCUGCAACAACUACUUUCUAACUUACUCUUUCCCUUCUGUGAGGGCCGGCCAGGCUGCAGGGUGGUUUUCACUUCCUGUAGUAGUUUAACUUUGGAGCAGGUAAACGUUGAAGGUCGAGAGGGUCAGUUCUGUACUCCCAGGUGUGUCAGCCUUGUUCUCCAGCCCUCUUCACUCCCUGAUUUGAUACUUACUCACGCAUAGGGUCUGAUGUUUUGGCCUCAGGGCAUUCCCCUGCCUCCACAUGCUUACUGCAGUGUGAGGAUAGUUUAACUGUGAGAGUCACAUUGGCUUUGAUGAAAAUCAUGGCCAAGAGAUGGUUUGUAUACCACCCCCCAAACCCUAGAGAUCACCACCCCCCAAACCCUAGAGAUCACCACCCCCCAAACCCUAGAGAUCACCGGGAUUCUCCCAACUGACCAGAGCACCAAGGAAUCCACAGUAAGUUGGGUCCCUUGUAUAACUGGGAACCAGUUCAGGAACUGCUUCCCUGCUGUGCUUUCACUGAAUCUGGUUUGUUCCUCCUCUGGGAGGAGAGCUGCAAUGUUCCUUUACUGAGCUGGGGUGUAUCAGUGAGUUCCAAGGAGGCUAAUGGAAAGAUGAAAGGUGCAUUUUGUGCCCCCCAAAGAGCUGCCAGGGUCUGGGAGAUAAUGAAAACCCUUCUAGGCUUCCCACUAAAUGCACAUGACUCUGACUGCCAGGAUUCAUGAAAAGUGCAGUUGUUAUGUUUAGUCAGAGAAACGCAAGCAAGGCACCUGGAAGGUAGACAUCUCCAGCUCCAGCUCCAGCCUUGGGGAGUCCCUGUCCCAUCUUCACCCUCUGCUCCAGAGGGCUGGUGCCUGCACCAGAUAAGUACCAGGAAACGUCCUUCUGGCCUGCAUAUGUGCAGAGCCCUCUAAGCUUUGGGCCUGCUGCAGCUCUGCCACAUGUCGUCGUUGGGUAGGGAGAGAGUCAAGGAGAAACUGGGAUGGCAAGCCAUCUGCGAGGAGACCAGAGACUUGAACGUUCAGGACCAGAAUGGGGCAGCAGGGGAUUGCUGCUAGCUUGCACUUUCUAAUUUUAGAGAGCUUAAAAAAACAACUCAUAUAUAUGGGGUCUAAAAAUUGUCUCUUGUAUACUUUUGUUUGGUAUAGUUUAAUAUGCUUGGGCAAUAAAUGCUAACAUGCAAAUGUG